UUUUAGUGUUAUCUUCCAAUAUGGAUGACGACGAAGAUUUCCAAGUGGCGAUUGCCAUCGGCUCCGAGACCACCGAAGCGGAGAGAGAAUAUGGCAUUGUCCUGGAGCAGCUGCGUGAUUCAGAAGGUAUGAAGUUCAUUACCGAUGUGUACACCAAACUGUACGACACGUAUUACAAGCUGAAAGAGGAGAAUGCACAACAUUGCGAGGCGAAAGAGGCACUCAAGGCCAAACUGGGUCGCUUCGAUGACACCGUAACAGAUUUCAUGGCCGAAAUAGCAGAUAAUCACAAAGUCAUCGAAAAACUACGAACUGAAAUCAAGGAAGCCCAAGCUCUAGCAGACGCGAUGCACGCUCGAGAGCUGACCAGCGUAGAGAGUCUAGAGACUAUGAAGAAACAGAUCGUCAGACUUGAAAAGGAACUGGAUGCUAGGAAACGAGCUGGUGAAGAAGAUGCUGGAGCAACAUCAGCGGCUAAAGAGAAGGAGAAGUUUGAAAAAGAGAAAGCACGUCUUCAAGCUGAGCUAGAUGCCGUUAAACAAAGGCUCGCCAACUCCGUGCAGUAUGUGGAGGAACUGGAGGCGAAAAACCAUAAUAAGGAAGUUAAUAUAUCCAAACUUGAGGAGCAGAUUGAGGAAGCUGAAAACAACGCGGUUCGUCAGAAUCGUCUGGUAGAUCACCUGAAGGAUGAAACGACGGGCCUCAAGGCAGAAGUGGACACCAGGGGAGGCACCAUCAGCACCCUCAGUGAUAAGCUAAUGAAAGCAGAGAAAGCCAUAGACCGUCGGGACCGCCAGUUGACUAGCAUGACAACGAAACUGGAAGCAGCUCAUGCUGAGCAAGAAGCAGCUGUGAACAAGAGCACGCAGCUUAGGGAACAAGUGGAUCAUAUGAACUCAGAACUAGACAAAGCCAGGACUCAACUCAAUCAUACUACUAAAGAACUUAAGAACACGAUCGACGACAGUCACAAAAUACGUAACGAAGCGUCGAAGCUUAUGAAGCAGGUUCUGCAGCAGACCAAGAAGUACCAGAUUCUGGAACAUAGCAAGGUUGGCGUUGAAACUGAUCGUGAGCGUCUCAGGCAACAAGUGACUGUGAUGGAACGCGACCUGAUGAUCAGCAAGAGGCAGGCGGAGGCCGACAGGAGAGAUAUAGAGAACUUGAAGCGAGAGAAAGACAUACUCACUAAGAACAUGCAGAAGAUACAAAAUGAAGCACUAGAGAACCUGAACAUGCUGGACCUGCAGGAGCAGAGACGCAAGCAGUUGGAGCAUGAGCUGGAGACCAACUCUGCGCAGAUACACAAACAGAGGCUCAUGAUACGCACCUUUGAGAAGGAUAAAGAUAGAAUGCUGGAGGAGACAAUCGCUCUAAAUGAGAAAAUUGAUGAAAUAACAGAGGAGGUUCGUCUCCGUACGGCUGAUAUCUUGGACCUGAAGAAGGCACUUCGCGAGGAGACCAUAAAAUCUCGCAAAUUGUCCGUCGCCCUGGAUGCUACUAGAGCUGAGAGAAACAUGCUGCAUAAGAACUAUACUGAGGCCCUGGAUGAAAUUCAGGACCUGAAACAGAAGAUGAAGAUGCUAGCAUAUCAAAUAGAACAGCUGAAAGAAGAUAUAAGCGGCAAGGAAUCUGGACUGAAGUCCUGUGAAGGUUUCCUCGGGAAAUGCAAUAAGAAAAAUGAACAGCUACGGAUGGAGAUUCAGGCCGGACUCGCGAAGUUGUCCGAAGCGAGGGCUGACAUAGCCGCCCUGAGGCAAGAGGAAGCUAGGCUCAAUAGGAUCGUGCAGGAAGGUGACGCAGCUCGUGCGAAACUCAUCAAGGAGUUGGAAGGUCUGAUGAACGAGCGUGAUGUGGUCGGCGCUCAACUUGUGAGAAGAAACGAUGAGAUCUCUCUGCUUUAUGAAAAGAUACGGAUUCUCGAGGUCACGCUGCAAAGAGGUGAGCGUCAAUACGAGCAGCGUGUGGAAGAUAUCAGACUGCUCCGGCUGGAGAUCAUACGACUGCGCAAGGAGAAGAACUUGCUGUCUAAGGGAAUUGAGAACAUGACUGAUUUGAGGCUCGAGGUAUUCAACCUAGAACGCGAGUUAGGUCGCGAACGUCUCCGGGUGCGUGCACUAGAGGAGGCGCUGGAGACUCCGCUGAACGUGCACCGCUGGCGCAAGCUGCAGGGCACUGACCCGGAGAGCGUUCGACUCACGCAGAAACUCAGACUGACGCAGAAGUAA